AUGUUAAGAAGAAAAUUAGAAGCUGUUGGAGAUACAGUAGAACCAUUUCAUUUUAUUUUACAUCCAAAAGAUGAACAAUAUUUAACUCGUGAAGAUCAAGAUAAAGGAAAAGAAUUAUAUUCACUUUUAGUUCAAUUUGAAAUUCUUCAAGGAGAUACAAUAAGAAAAAUAUUUCGAAAUAAUUCACAAGAACGAGAUAAAAUAGAAAAGAUAAUUCGAAAUGAUCUUGAUCCUUCGAUUGCCGAUCCAUUAAUUAGUUUAUUAAAUAAUUUACCAUUUACUACUAAAGAAGAAGAAGGAAAUAAUAUUCGAAUUUAUCAAAAAGAAAAAAAUAUUUUAAAGUCUGGUGGACUUGCUAAAUAUAAAUAUGGAGAUAUUAAAAGAAAUAUUGAAAGAAUUUUAAAUAAAAUUUUAAAAAAUACUCAAUUUGAAAAUGAUAAAGAAUUAAUUUUGUCGAAAAUUUUGUCUUUACAAGGAGAUAUUCGUUCAUUUAAAAAAGGUUUAAAAGCUAAUUUAAAAGAUUUUAUAGAUCUUCAAGAUCAAGAAAAUGUUCCAAGUGAAUUAAGAUUUUUUUGA